GGAGGAGGAGGAGGAGGAGAGGGGAGGCAGCCAGUGAGCACGCUCAGUGAGUGAGUGAGAGGAGGAAGGGUAGAGGGAGCGUGAGCGAGUGAAAGGGUGAGAUAAACAGAAAAGGCAGCAUCUCCUCAGUGCAUUCAGCUUGCAGCAGCUGAGGAGGAAGGAAAUCAGACCAAAGGGGGAAGAACUCCAGCAUCUCACUGAAGGGGGCGACACCACACCUCUCUCUCUCAGAUACACUCUCUCACGUCACACUCACGCAUUUUGCAGGAGGCGUGAGGCUCAGGAGGAGGAACACCACAUCCACGCUCGUUCUGCUGGCUUCGCUGCACUUUUGGGAGCUGUCUCUUGAAGACUGGUCCAUUGGUUCAUCCAUCCUCUCUUCCUUUCCUGCUCUCCAUCCCUCCAGCCUAGAAGCAGCAAUCCGCCACACAUCAUUUGGGACUGAACUGCUUUCUCUCUCAAUCGUCUAACCUUUGAUCCCAUUUUGCUUUUGCUGCAUUCAGCCUGGAAUCCAGGAGACGUACAGUCAAAGUAAACACUUCCCAAGCGGCUGAGCGGUCCACCAUUCAAACGAAAUCAUGAACUUCCUCCGGCGUCGACUCUCUGACAGCAGCUUCAUGUCCAACCUGCCCAAUGGCUACAUGUCAGACCUUCAGAGGCCUGAACCUCCUGCUCCUCCACCCCCCACCGCCUCCUCUCCCUCCCAGCAGGGUGAAGCCACUUCCGCAGCUCCUGCCCCUGCCCAGUCCCCAACCAAAGCUCCUGCACCGGCCCAGGUGCCCGCCAGCUCCCCGGCAUCUCAGGACCGGCACCCGACCCAGCAGGCUCAGCAACCCCAACAGGCCCAGUCCUCCUCCUCCUCUGGCUUCUUCAGCUCCUUCAGCUCCAUCACCAACGUGGUCAAACAGACGGCUGCGUCCGCCGCUGGUUUUGUAGAGCAGUCGGCUCCAUCUUCUUCCCUCUCCAAGAAGUUCAAGGUCCUGUUGGUCAUUGAUGAGCCUCAGCACGAGUGGGCAAAAGUGUUCAGAGGAAAGAAGGUCCUUGGAGAUUAUGACAUCAAAGUGGAGCAGGCAGAGUUCUGCGACAUCAACCUUAUUGCACAUUCAAAUGGAACUGUCAAUGUGGACGUGCAGGUCAUCAGGAGUGGCAUUAAAGGGGUCAGGUCAUUCAGGCCUGACUUUGUCCUGGUCCGUCAGCAUGCCUUCAGCAUGGCCCAAAACGAAGACUUUAGGAACUUGAUCAUCGGUCUUCAGUACGCAGGCAUCCCCUCUGUCAAUUCUCUGGACUCCAUUUACAACCUCUGUGACAAACCCUGGGCUUUCUCUCAGCUGAUCAACUAUCAGAAGCGAUUGGGUGCAGACAAGUUCCCUCUGAUCAAUCAGACGUUCUACCCCAACUACAAGGAUAUGAUCACAACACCGAGUUUCCCGGUUGUGGUGAAGAUUGGGCAUGCUCACUCUGGAAUGGGAAAGGUUCGAGUGGAUAAUGUGAGUGACUUCCAGGAUAUUGCGAGUGUUGUAGCCAUCACUCAGACCUACUGUACAACAGAACCAUUUGUAGAUGCCAAGUACGACAUCAGGGUCCAGAAGAUUGGUGCAGACUACAAAGCCUACAUGCGAACGUCCAUCUCUGGUAAUUGGAAAAGUAACACGGGAUCUGCUAUGUUGGAACAAGUAGCCAUGACUGACAAGUACAAAACAUGGGUGGAUACCUGCUCAGACAUCUUUGGAGGGCUGGAUAUCUGUGCAGUCAAAGCCAUCUGUGGAAAGGACGGUAACGACUACAUCAUAGAGGUUGUGGGCUCAUCUAUGCAGCUAAUUGGUGAUCAUCAGGCAGAAGAUCGCCAACUUAUUUCGGACGUGGUGGUGGUUAAGAUGAACCAAGCGCUGGCCAGACGGUCGUCUAGUGCUUCCCGCUCACCCGCUCGCUCUCCACAAGGCCAGAAGCCAACAACUGUGCAACCACAACAGAGUGGUUCCAUCAAGGAAGGAGUGGCAGAUCCAAACAGGACCUCUGGCCAACGUCCUCAAUCUCAAGGUGUGCCACUGAAAUCACAAAGUGCGGACGUCUCAGCGGAAUCAGCUAAAAGAGCAUCUGAAUCAGUACCAAAGCCCGAUCAAGCCCAGAAGCCUGGUCCAGGUCAGAAACCAAGCCCAGUUCAGAAGUCUGCCUCUGUCACGAAGCCUUCUGUGCAGAGGCCUCCCCCAGUGACCAGGGCCCCGUCUGUGACAAAGUCAACCCAAGAUUCUGCUUCCAGUUCAGCCCCGUCCAAAGCUGUGCCGCAAUCUCCAGCUAAAGCCACUGUAGCUCCAGGCUCUCCUCCUGCUUCUCCUUCAUCCUCUGCCACUACCACAGAGCAGCCCAAACACCAGACUCAAGGCUCUCCAUUAGCAGCACCAGGCAAGCCUAAAGAUCUCCCCCCAAAGCCCACACCACCUGCAAAGCCCAUCCCUCCAGUUCGCAGGAAUUCAAAGCCACAGAUUCAGCCAAAACCACAAACCCCACCUCCACCAAGAGCAUCACCCAAACCCCAGCCCCCUGCCCCAGCGCCCACUCAGGCUUCAGAUGAUGCCCCAGCACAGGCUCAAUCCCCAGCCAAAACCAAUCAGUCUCCACCUAAUGUUCAGUCUCCAGUUAAGCCUAACCCUCAGGACAAGCCAGCCUCUCCUUCCCAAAACCCUGAGCCUGCUUCAGCUGAAGCAGCAGAAGCAUCCACUAAAGGUCAGGCUCCUGUUGAGGAGCAGCCCCAGCAAAAGACUCAUCCCCUACUGAAUAAGUCCCAGUCCCUGACCAAUGCCUUCAACGCCUUCAGCGACUCCUCUUUCUUCCGUGGGGUCUCAAGCUCUGGCGGUGAUGGCCAAGAAGAGGCAAAGGCUGAAACCAUUCGCAACCUUCGAAAGUCCUUCGCCAGCCUUUUCUCUGACUAGACAAAACCGAACCACAGUCAGCCCCUCAUCGAUGCUGGGUAUUCCAACCAGAUAUCUAGAUUGACAUUAAACGUGAUCCAGUCUGAGAUUAAAGUCUAUGUGUUAACUGUAAUUUAUUCCCCGUAUCCCUAUUCAGCUACACUUUGAGCUUCCCUGUGUAAGUAACCGUGUGAUGUUCAACAAAGGAAACUGGUCUGAAGGAGUUACGUCAUUGAUAUAUGAUGGAUUAAUAUAUAGUAGAGUAGAUUAGAACAAAGACUUUUAUUUUCCCAUAGUAAACUAAGUGAACAUAUUUAGAAAUAUGUGGAAAGUAUCAUAUUUAAGGCUACAGAAGACUUGUACAUACAUUAUAUACAUAGUAUAUAAAUAUAAACAUAUAUGAUUAAAAAGGGAGAUAAGCCAGUUAACGAAUAAAUAUCCAGCAGCAUUAAUAAAAAGCUUCUUGUCGAUGACAUAACUCUUUCAUUCAGUAACUGGAUUCAUUCAAACUUUAAGCAUUCAAACACUUGACAUUUAAUGGUUUCCUUACAGUCGGUGUUGUCAGUGAGUGAAAGAAAAAAACAUAUUUAGGGGUUUAUUCCUCUGUGUCUUCAGCUGUAUUGACUUUGGUCCUCAACUACUGAAUCCUGGGCUAAUCUUGCCUGGCUCUUUUUGUCUCAAAAUCCCUGAAGUUCAUCUUUUUGUGAGCGAGUUGGAACUACGUGUUUGUUUAUCUGUGUUCACUAUUUGUGCAUGGCUCCUCCAAGUGGUUAAGUGUGACUAUUGGAACAGACGGGAGCUCUUUCAGUGUUGAGUUUUGCCCUCCGUUGCCUCUCUCUAGAUGUUGUAGCCUUAUUGUAAACAUGUUUUUGAUUCACAACUACGUUUGUUAGCUGUGCAGCCUUGGGUCGGUCCCAACUUGAGAUGCAUUGAUUUACUUGGAAGCAGCCAGCAUUGUUUCACCAGUAAGUGUAGGUUUGCUUGUACAUGUUUGGGACUGAAUGAAUCCAUUUCACCAGGUGAAUGAAUGCAUUUCAAAUGGGUAUCCAUGUCUGUAACCGUGACUGGUGAUUUCUUGUUUCACCUUUGUGUAGAUCUAUCAACGGUAUUGUAAUUUGUUGAUUACUCUUAUGAAAAGACAUUCAAACCGUAGUGCAAUAACACCUCAACAUGUUGAGCGCCGUCUCUAAUAUAUCACCUUACAUACAAGAUUUGUAUAUCUGGUAAUACUUAAUUCUUACAUUCCCUUUAAGAUUCCCUUUGGUGGUAAAUUUCCAGUUUACACUUAAUCUACAGUCAGCAGCAGGAAGUCAUAUUACAAUAAAAGAGUUGGGUUUAGUAGCUACUCAUUUUGUGUAGGUGGGUAAAUUUAUUGCAACCUGAAAUUCAUCCUCUACCUUCACUCUUCACUCAAACCACCUCAUUUCAAGCACAUACAGAGUAAGAUAAAUAAAAAAACUGAAAUUUCAAAUAGUUUGAACACAAAUCAUUUAAAUCUGUCUGCUUGUCCAUCUCCUGCACCACAUUGAAGAUACAUUUUAGCAAAUAUGUCAUCUCAGAUGUUUAUUUUUUGUAAUACAUUGGUUAACUUAUUUUUGACGCCGUAUUUAUGGUAUAGUAUAUAUAAUUAGUUUUGUAAUGUGUUUUUAUUUGUAAUGCAAUAUCGCUUUGCAUGAUUUGGUGACUGUUUUUUUCUGCAAAGAUAAAAUGAAAUAAAGAUGUGAUUCUA